AUGGCCUUUUCAUCUGUGCUUUACCUUGCUUUCACUCACUCCCGUGAAGAGUUUGAAACGGCAGAAACGCUCCUGAAUUCGGAGGUGCAUAUGCUGCUGGAGCAUCGCAAGCAGCAGAACGAAAGCGCGGAAGAUGAGCAGGAGCUCUCCGAAGUGUUCAUGAAAACCCUGAACUACACGGCCCGCUUCAGCCGCUUCAAGAACCGCGAAACCAUUGCCAGCGUCCGCAGUUUGCUGCUCCAGAAAAAGCUCCAUAAGUUUGAAUUGGCAUGUUUGGCUAACCUGUGUCCUGAGACAGCCGAAGAAGCCAAAGCCUUGAUUCCUAGCCUGGAAGGCCGUUUUGAAGAUGAGGAGCUGCAGCAGAUUCUCGACGAUAUUCAGACGAAACGCAGCUUCCAGUAUUAGGGGUAAUGCUCA